AUGCCGCUAAAAGAUCUUGAGGAACCACAAUUUGGGACAAACAUAGUUGAAUUUCCCUUCACGGCAAAACGGCAAAAAUUGGAUUCCUCCAAAAGUGUUUGUACAUCAGAUCCGGAGGUUUACGACUCGGAGAUCGCACCCUUGCUCGCAGAAAGUAGGUCAAGUGCGAUCCCGACCUAUGGUGUCUCGGAUUGCCGCCGACAGGAGGGACAUGAUGAAUAUGAGAGAAUUGUUUGGUUUAAAAAGCCUUCACCCUUUUGGCUUUUGCCUCCGUUUUUUAUUUUUUCACUAUCUUCAGGAGUAACCAUCGUCCCACACGUUAACUUAUUUGUGUCGUUAGUAUGCAGAAGUCAUUUCAUCCAAAAAUCUGCCGGCAAUCUCAACACUGCUUAUCUUGACACAUAUGAUAAUUAUAUGUGCCAAACUCCUGAGAUCCAGUCAACAGCCAUCAAAUUCUCUCUGUUAAUGACCAUUACAGCCGGAAUGUUUGGAGCUCUCAUGUCCCCAAAAUUGGGAGCCUGGUCUGAUCGUCAUGGUCGUCGGAAGCCUUUGAUAAUCAACUGUUUGGGUGCGACUAUUACAGAACUGCUCAUUAUUAUAAUAGCAACUUACCCCAUGUAUUUUGAUUAUCGCUGGUUGAUAAUUGCGGCAUUUAUUGAGGGGAUAACCGGAUCAUUUACCGCUGGCUUUGCCAUUACACGAGCAUACGCAACCGAUUGUACAGUUCCUACCAAGCGCGCCGUAGCACUUGGUUACUUCCAUGCCUCUCUAUUUUCUGGAAUCGCCCUCGGUCCACUCCUAUCUGCUUUCCUAGUCCGACAAACUCAGACUAUAAUCUCUGCUUCCUAUGCUGCCGCGGGGAUUCGUACAGCGUAUAUCUUGUUUGUUCUCUUUGCUGUUCCUGAAUCUCUAGUUGAGAAACGCCAGAUGGAAGCGCGUGAGCAGCAUUUGCUCCGAGCCAAAUUCGCGGAGUUAAAGAAUGAAGAAUCGUCUUGGUGGAAAGAUGCACUGAAAAACAUCAACUUUUUAAGUUCUUUACGAGUUCUCUAUCCCAAAGGGCCUGGAAGCUCAAACGCCCUGCGCACGAACCUAAUUCUUCUCUCUGCUAUUGAUACAAUACUUUAUGGAGUCACAUUGUGCGUGAUAACAGUUACGAUAUACUACUUAGGCUAUCGCUUUCAAUGGAAUACUUUUGAUUUAAGUAUAUUCACCUUUUCGAUCAACGUCUGCCGCGUCUCCGCUCUUAUUCUAAUUUUGCCGACACUUAAUUACCUCAUACACACUCGUCAUUCUAAUCAUCAACGUAGUCUCAUCGGACAAAGUUCACAACCCGACUCAGGUUGCACUACUUCCGAUCUUUGGAUAAUCAGGUGCAGCAUCUUGAUUGAGGCUAUCGGCUUUGUUGUGUAUGCCAUCACCAAAAAUAGCUCGUUGUUCGUCGCUGCGGGUAUAGUGGGAUCCUUAGGCGGUAUGGCAGCUCCGACAGUACAGAGCGCGUUGACAAGGCAUGUGUCUUCAGACCAAGUUGGCAAGCUGCUAGGCUCUGCUGGCCUAUUGCAUGGUUUGGCAAAAAUACUGUUUCCACUAUUACUCAAUCUUGCGUAUGCCGAAACUGUGGCCAAGCUUCCACAAGCUGUCUUUUAUGUUUUAAUAUGUUGCAAUGGAACGGCAAUUUUGCUUAGCCUGAAAAUUAAAACUAAUGUUCACGUUCCCAUUAUUUCUGAUGCAACAAAAGAAUGCUCGAUGCUGUUACCACGGAGUAAUAUACCUGAGGCUAAUAAUCCCAGGCGAUCAAGAUCGAGUACUCUGUUAUAA